AUCUCAAAAACUCCCUGCCCCGCCAUAACCACAAACCGCACCUCCGCCACUACAUGAAAAAAAACUCAAUUGCACAAUAAUGGCGCCUCCUUCUAACCGUCGAAAAAUGCGCAAGAACCCUGGUGAUCGGGCGCAAAACGCCUUCCCACCCACUUUCGCCGAGUUAUCCGAGAAACCCUCCAUUCCAACUCGCAGACUUGUCAAUGGCGGCCCUUUGCGGUCUCGAAGAAAUGGGGGUGACAAAAAUCAGGGAGGUGGAGACGGUGGAAAGGACAGCAUGGAUGAGAUGGACCGCGGCAGCGAUUCUGAAGGGAACGAGUGGAAAAUGGGACAUGUUGACAGCGACGAUGAUAGCGAUCUUGACAGUGAUGAGGCAAUGGGUGAGAGCGAUGAGGAGAGGUUUGCCUGUUUUACGUUCCGGGGGAGUACCUCUACCGGGAAGAUGAAAAAGAGCAAGCCCGGGCAAGGUUUAGAGGAGGAGAGUGAAGAUGACGAGAGUAAUGAAGAUGGAGAAGGCUUUAUUGACUUGUCGGAGAUGCUGGAUAGACCUGAUUCUGGAGAUGAUGAGGAGGGAACUGUCAACGAAAAGGCGAGAGGGAAGUCUCGGCGGCCAGUCUCUGACGAUGAAGAGGGAAAGGAUGGUGAGAUUAGUGAUAGCUCUAUGGGUGGUGAAUCUGAAUCUGGAGAGGAGGAUGAUGGCGAAUCGGUGGCUAGUUUCUCUGAAGAAGAGGACGAAACACCAGAAGAUCCCUCGAAACUCGCAAAGCUUCAGGAGAUCAUAUCCUCGCUUCCUUCUACGAUGAAACCGUCAAAGAGAGCUCGAGAGAAUGAUCCUAAUGAAGGAAGGACGCCGGGUGAGUACAAUUUAACUAUACCUUCAACCUCUGAUAAGCUUACCGUGGAGGACCUCACGCCCACCGUUACCGAUCCCAAACUCAAGCAAUCGCUCAAGCUCGUCGCUGGCAAUGCACCGCCAAAACCCAGUAAGUCCGGAGUGCAGGGGAGGCUCUCGGUCCCAUUGGCCAAGAGGCAGCAGGACAGGUUAGAUCGAGCGGCUGCGUACGAGAGGUCAAAAGAGGCUCUCGGCCGCUGGACAGAUACGGUCAAGCAUAGCCGGCAGGCGGAUCAUCUUCAUUUUCCGUUAGCUAAUGCACCUAAUGCACGCUUACCAGCACCAAGGAAAAUCGCUGUGCUUUCGGCUUCUCAGUCUACCCCGUUAACCGAACUUGAAGCUACUGUCUCUGGAAUUCUGAAAGAGUCGAACUUGGCUUCCGAAAAAUCCAUCAAGGAAUUUGAAGAACUGAAAACGAACAAACUAUCCGUGGAGGAAGUCCAGAAACGUACGGCCGCGCUUCGGCUUACGCGCGAACUGCUGUACCGGGAAGAGAUCAAGGCGAAACGUAUCAAGAAGAUCAAGUCGAAAUCCUACCACAGAAUACUCAAAAAAGAGAGGGGAAAGCAACAAAACGCCAUUGAGGAGGCUCUAGCUCUUGAGCGUGGCGGUGUGCCGAAUGAGGAAGAUAUUAUGGAGAGGGAGAGGAAAAGGGCGGAAGAACGAAUGACGCUAAGGCAUAAGCAGAGUAAGUGGUCUAAAGGAAUGAAGGACUCGGGAAGGACUAUGUGGGAUGAGGAAGCACAGAAUGGUGCGGUGGAGAUGGCAAAGCGCUCAGAGGAGCUUCGAAUGAGGAUUUCUGGGAGGCCAAUUCUUGGGGAGGACGAGGAGUUGGAGGGCAGCGAUGAUGAGGAGGAUGACUUGUUUGACGAAAGUCAGCAACAAGCCAAGCAGAGGUUACUUGCAGAGCUAGAAAAGCUGGAGAAUGGAGAUGAUUCUGCCAACAGUCAACACAGAAAGAGCAAGUUGAUGGACCUCAAGUUCAUGCAGGUUGCCGAAGCUGCCCGGAGGAAAGCGAACAAGGCCGAAAUAGAGGAUCUACGACAGGCUUUGGAAGAUGAUGGCAGGUCGAGUAAGAGUGAUGAGAGCGAGGAAGAAGUUAAUGAUACCGGGAGGAUGACCUUUAGGGCUGGAAGGAAGAAGAAGGAAGAAAGAGCCAAGAAGCCUAAGCCAAACGGGUCUGAGUUCGAGGAAGCUGAGCACUCGAGCGAAGAUGAGGAUGGCGCAGAUAGUCCGGAUGAGACCGAAGUUACGAUCGUAAACAAGGCGUCUUCCAAUAUACCUAGGAACCCUUUCUCGCAGCCCGGAGUAUCGCCACUACAGUUUCCUAACCAGAAAACAAAGGCUGGCACAAAGGGCAGCAUUGCCUCCAGGCCUUUUCCCGAGGCAGGGGAGAAGGAUGACCCAGAGCCAAACCCGUGGCUUGCUCAAGGCUCCACUUCCAGUCUCGUCAGACCCAAACCUCAGGCUUUGGUAACCGGAAGGCCAGAAUCCAAGAAUGCAAAGAUAAAUUCCAAGCUCUCCAAGGAUCGAAAACAAGCGCUCAAGGGCCGUGAUGGCCCCGAACCGGAUAUCGAGAUUGAUGUGAAUGCCACACUUAAACUUGCUUCAAACAAGCGCAAAGCCGACAGCGAUAGAGAUAGCGGUAGCGAAGGAGGGGGUGAGGAUGACGAAGGAGCCAUAAAUCUAGUGCCAGCCAAAGGAGUGAAGGGUGUAAAUCUUGAUCAACGAGAACUUGUGAAACGGGCUUUCGCAGGUGACAAUGUUGUCGCAGAAUUUAAGGCAGAGAAGAAGAGAAAGAUCGACGAGGAGGGCGACCAAGCCAUCGAUACCAGGAUUCCGGGGUGGGGUAGCUGGGCCGGAGCCGGUCUCACAGAACGAAAAGGAAAAAAGGACAGUAAGUUCCUCAAGACGAUCAAGGGUGUCGAUAAGAACAAGCGGAAGGACAAGAAGCUUGAGAAAGUUAUUAUCAAUGAGAAGCAUGUGAAAAAGGUAUGAAACUAUCAAAUCGACAUGUCACCAACAAUGCUAAAUCCUAACGCUCUCCCUCAGAACGUUAAAUAUCAAGCAUCUGCGCUUCCUUUCCCCUUCGAAUCUCGGCAGCAAUACGAACGCAGUCUGCGUAUUCCCAUUGGGCCUGAGUGGGCUACGAAGAAGACGUUCCAGGAUUCUACGAUGCCGAGGGUUUUGGUCAAGCAGGGUACUGUUAUCGAGCCUAUAUCUGCGCCGUUCAAAUAAUUGGGUUGUAUCAGUUGAUGGGUGGGCUUAUGAUGGUUAUGGUGUUGGGCCGUAGAUGGUCUAAAUGUAUUCGAUUUCACGCCGGUAUCUCGAUCUAUUUAUGAUAUAUCUAGAUGAUCGAGUGCGAUGUAAAGUAAUUUGCUCCCGGAUAUGAAAUUCCGGGAAACCCACACUUCUAGAGGGUUAGGGGUAGUAUUAUAGAUGAGAAGCUUAACUCAACCUCAUGCCAUCCCGAACAUCCCCCCACCACGACUUCCCGCCCCAUCAAACCAACAAUGUCUUCAAAAGUACCUCCCCUUCUCCGAAUACGGCCCUCACUAAUGAGGCUUCCCGAGUUCCUCGGAAUCAAUUCCACAAGACCCCACUCAACUAGCUCCGUUGACCAAACUGAAAUCUCACACUUCGCAAACCUAGCCUCAACUUGGUGGGACCCCCACGGCGCCUCCCGCCUCCUCCACCAAAUGAACCCAAUCCGACUAUCCUUUAUCCAACGUUGUCUUAUCAAAGGCCCACCAAUACCGGUCACCUCUCCUGCACGCACAUCCCCGGAAAAACUCGACCCAGAAGCGGUAGUGCAGGACGCAGAUAACCCACAGAAACUCCGUUUCCUAGACAUAGGCUGCGGCGGCGGAAUCCUCGCGGAGGCUCUUGCAAGACUACCGAGCACAGAGUCCGUAAUUGCGAUCGACCCGAGCAAGGAGGUUCUAUCCGUUGCGCUCGAGCAUGCGCGGCAAGACCCCAUGCUCGCUGGGCCCAAGCUUCGCUACAUUAAUGCUGCAAUCGAGCGACUCCCGAAGGAGCUUGAGGGCCAACGGAGUCAAUUUGAUGUCGUCACGCUAAUGGAAGUCAUAGAGCAUGUUCCGCAUCCGAGCUCGUUCCUGACCGCUGCCAUGGAACAUGUUGGGCCCGGGGGGUGGCUGGUGUUGUCCACGAUCGCGAGAACCUGGACGAGCUUUUUGACGACAAAGUUGGUUGCUGAGGAUAUUCUGGGGAUCGUGCCGAGGGGGACGCACGAUUGGAAUAAGUAUAUUAAUCCGGAUGAGCUGAGGGAGUUUUUUGAGGGGAAGGAGGGAUGGAGGGAUGUUCUUGUUAUGGGUUGUGUUUAUGUUCCUGGGUUUGGGUGGAGGGAGGUUAGGGGAGGGGAGAAGGUUGGGAAUUAUUUCUUUGGAGUAAGGAGGGGGCUGGGUGAGGAGGCGGGUGGGGAAUGAUGCUUUCCCUGCUCUCACCCAGACGGGUUCCCAUAAUGUAGUGUGUGAGUAUGACCUUUAUAGAGCCCUCAAAGGUUUCCUUUGCUAAGACUCCAUUCUUUUUCCAUUCUUUUUCUCUCCCUUUUUUUCAGCUAGACUUGAGGGAACACUGCUUCCAGUUAUGCCAUUCCGAAAGCUUGUAAAGUAAACGAUAUGUUACGGCCCUCCCUUUUUCGAGCCUCCUAGUGAUGCACCGCACCCGGUCCUAGCCGAUACAAUUGCCGACCGAGUGAUGUCUAGUGAUACACUCUCCGGGUCCGAAAUAAGCCGCCACGAUAAUUCCCCCUCACAGAGGAAUGCGGAGGUGUUAAUUGGUUCUCACAAUCUGCCCUCCUCUAUCAAUAACUGAGCCAAGAGGAGUUGGUAGUCCGAAUAUUCGCUUCGGGGGUGGUGGUAGAAGUGGCGACCCGAAAGUAUCGGAACAAAAAAAACGCUCAGCGAAAAGGGUACUAUACUAUACUCGGUACUAUCACUAUUAAGUGUGCGACCGCAAUUAUACCGCAAAAAGUUAAUCACCGACAGAUUCAAAGCUAUCGCUAGGGUAGGUGUGUGUAUGGUGGACUUUCAGCACCACGUAUGAUACUAUAAUAUUACUUACUGUACGGUAUCAGGAAAAGGAAGGUCGAUAUUUGUUCGAACUGGCGGGGAAAUUGACGAAGGUCCCGGUGGAGCAUUAAAUAUACGUACAGUACAGUACAUCUACUCCGAUAGCGGGGCUUGGCGCUUAAUCAGAUUUUAUUCG